AUGGCGACUGCAAAUUCGGAAUCAUUGUCAAACUCAAAUACGGAGUUUUUCUUAGACGAAGAAGCUGAAAGCGAGCUUACACUUUCCGUCCCACAUGCUAAUCGUGUUGAAUAUUGCAAUAUCUCUGCCAAUAUUACAGCAAGGAGUUUGACAUCGUUUCUCCAAACGCUUUUGCAAGUGUACAAGCCGCCUGCAAAUGAGAACUGUAUUUUAACUUUGGCAGUGGAAGCAGCAUUCAAUGAGAGUAAGUCUGCCCUCGUAGAAGAGUUUCUACAGAACAUAUUGUGUUUGUUUGAAGUUUGUUUUAGCCAGGCAGGAGCAGAAAAACACUCUCAGAAAUAUGCAAUAAGCUUAGAAAAGGCAUUUGCUGAAAAACGACGUUCUACUUUUCACCAUUGUGCAAUUAAAUGGUCAUGGGAGAGAUUAUUUACUAAUACAGCAAGUCAGAGUAGUGAAUAUAAUCAAGCUUCAGAACAGUUGCUGCAGCAAAUUCUUCAGUACUUUUGGUCUUCAAGUAGUAAUAGUUGUAUUACUGUUGAAAGUCCUGAAGAGGAAGGUGAGGAAAGUACUGAAGAUCCUGCUGCUUGUGAUGAGAGUGAUUUCGACAACAUCAAAGAUCAUGCUGGUUGGGUAGUUAAACUAGCUAGGGAAACAUUAAUGAAGGGAGAUAAUAAAAUACCGGCAAAGGAAAGUGUCACAGAGUCGACCCUUGUCUAUGGAGAUAAAGCUGGGGCAUUGGAAAUAAUUUCUGCCUUGGGGAAAGAUGUUAAGCAAGCAGAUGGAAAAUUUAGAUUUAUUGUUCAUGAACAUGUUGUUCCUUUUUUUCUGUUUCUUCAUAAUUUGGUUGAAAAACUCAUUAAUCCUAAUAAUGUUGUGCUUCAAAAGGGAAAUAUCCUGAUUGAUUGCCUUGAUAAAAUGGCCAGACAUAAGGAGCUAAGAGAAAAAUGGGAUCACUUAACAUCAAAGUCAGAUGAAACAUCCGUCAUUGUUCUCCAAAGAAUUGCGACGUUCUUUGUUAAAUCGAAACAGCAAAUACUUAGAGAAAAAAGGGGCCUAAAACCAAAUAAAAGUAGCAUGGCAGUUCGGCAACAACUUAGGCAGUCAAAUAAUAAAGCAACUUCAUCUCGCUCCUCCAAGGAAAAGAAUACAGUAAAUGAGGAAGUUAAUAAAUUAAGAUCUGGGGAUUUAACAUCUGUUAGCAUUAAUCAAUUUUUAAACAGUUUAACUGUUCAAUCUCAGUUAAAACAGGAGGAUUUACUUGGGAAACUUAAUGGGAAAGAACUUGCAACGAUAUUAAAAUCAGUGGGAAAGCCAUCCUUUUUGGGAAAGAAAAAAAGCAAGCAAGUUACAACACUGCUUGAAGUUUUAAAAGCUGGAAACAUAACUGUGAAAGAUAUUGACGCAACUUAACUCUAUUAGGGGCGGACCAUUGGGUCAAUCCAGAAAACAUCCAUACCACCCCCACGGAGGAAAUAGGAAGUUAACCCCCCUACUCCCUUCGGAUGUCCUAAUACACUUACUAUUAUCAGAAACAAUUUUUUCUGCCCCCUCCGGACAGCAGAAAUUUCCUCUGAGGGGGGAGUAUGAAUCUUUUCAGGAAUGACCCAUUAGAAAAGUGUGGGGGGGGGGAGCAAAAAUAAAAAUCGAGCAGGGGAAACAGAAAAAAAAAUUUGUGCACCAGAAAAGUAAAAAAAAAAUUCGUGCAGAGACUUUUCAAUAGGGAAAAUUAUAAGUUGACAGGGCCUAAUGGUGUGAGAAAACAUUUCUAAACCUAAAUGUUGCAGAUAUUGGUGCAAAAAAGCAUUUUAAGCAUGUUUUAACAAGAAUUUGUCAGGGAAAAUGUGUUUUGAACGUUAACUAAAGUGAUGUUAGUGCGGGAAAUUUUUUUUACCCUUUUUUUGUCCUGAAAAAAUUUGUAUAUCCUGAAAAUCCCCCCCCCCUCGCCAACAAUCGAGCAAGGGAUUAUUAAAAAAAACUAUCGACACAAGCAAAAAAUUUAAAAAAAAUAACCGUACAGGUUGGAAAUGUCCCCCCCCCCGUCACUUUUCUAAUGGUCAUCCCUUACAGCAAAAGAUAAUGCUAUUACUAGAAGGGAUAUGUACAUGGAAAUUUGAGUAGACAUUAUAUAUACAUUUAUUAGACCUAACCACAGUUAAUAGACCUAACCAGGAGCAGAUGC